AGACUCUUCCCGCUGACACAUCAUGGCCCGGACAACAAAGGCUCGCCCUCCCCGCCCCGCUGACGCCUGCUCCGCCCCGUCAGGCCGCGCGCCCCGCCCCGGCGCAUGCGCCGCAGCGGCACCGGCUCCCGGGCGAGAUGGCGGAAGAAGAGCCGAGGCGGCGGAUCCCGCUGGUGCCGGAGAACUUGCUGAAGAAGAGGAAGGCCUACCAGGCCAUCAAGGCCACCCAGGCCAAGCAGGCGCUCCUCAACAAGCGGAAGCAACAGAAAGGGAAACAAAUCCAGUUUAAACGCCUUGAGGCUUUUGUUCGAGAUUCAUGGCGCAAACACCGAGAUGAUGUCCGUCUGAGACGCAUGGAGCAGAGACCGGGGCAGACAGUUGUACCUCAGGAGCACAAACUGGCCUUUGUUGUGCGGAUUGCAGAUAUUAAGGGAGUGAGCCGGAGGGUAAAAAGAGUGAUUGAUUUGCUGCGGCUGAGAAAAAAUUUCACUGGAACAUUUGUUAAACUGACGCCGUUAUCACUGAAGAUGCUGCGGAUUGUGGAACCUUAUGUGGCAUGGGGACACCCUAAUCUGAAAUCAGUACGAGAGCUCAUCCUGAAACGGGGCCAAGCCAAGAUUAAGAAGAAGAGGGUACCUCUGACAGACAAUAUGCUGAUAGAGGAACAUUUAGGGGACUGUGGUAUUAUUUGCCUGGAAGACCUUAUUCAUGAAAUCUAUUCAGCUGGGAAAUAUUUCAAAAAAGUCACAAAGUUUCUAUGGCCAUUCCAUCUGUCCGUGGCUCGCCAUGCUUCACGUAACAAAGUGGGUUUCCUCAAGGAAAUGGGUAAGCCCGGCUGCAGAGGUGAAGCAAUCAACCAGCUUAUACGCCAGCUGAACUAGUCAGGUGAGGAAUGCCUGUUGUGUGCCUUCUACAUCUUACCUGGUUUCCUGAUAACUAUACUGCCAUCGGACAUGCAGGGACUCCUUUGUUUUGGAUUCAUCACUUCAGAAAUGACCCUGAAGGGAGAGGAAAGUAAUGAAGAGCUUGGGUCCCAUUAGGUAUCGGCAAAUCCUAUUGGACACCUCCAUAAAAGCUUGACUUCUGGGAGAUUGUGUUGAAGUGACUGUUGUGGGGUUUGUUUGGUUUUUGAACUUCAUUCUUUCUGUUGUGCAGGGUCUUUUGGAAGCUCCAGGAUUUAUAACCUGUUCCUAUCACGUGUACUUUUCAUGGGCAUGGGCUAUAUUAAAUGAUAUAAUACAUCUCUUGACUGUUGGUACCUUUAUAACCAAAGAAAAAAUAUGUAGAUGGUGAUGGAGAUGCACUUGGGCUGGUCCUUGAAGAAGAAUAUGAUGCUAAAUUGUAUUUGGUACAAAAAAAAGUGACUUUAACUUUCUGGAGCAAUCUGGAUUCUGGAUUCCUGUAAAACAAGUUUUCUAUACUCAUUACUGCUGGCUCUGUACCAGCUGCCCCCUGAUCUCAUAUUUGGUAUAAAGCAGUGGUUGUUGUGUCCUGAUUGAAAUUUGUGUUAUAGCUGACUUGUACUCAGUCCUUUGAUCCAGUCUUCCCUGGGGGAAGUGCUUGAAGUUGUGCUCCUUGAAAUGCACCUCGUCCUAUGUGUGAAAGGGCAGUGUAGUCACCUGUUUUAAGAGUAUUGCUGGCAGGCAAAACACACUGUAGUUACUCCUGUUACUGCAGUGCAAACCCUGGUCAUAAAUAAAAAAAUUUUUUGCAAGCCCUGCUAUUGAAAAAAUGAGGGUUUUUUUUGAAGUACCUAGAUUGUAUUUAUUUUAAAAAGCCAUGAUUCUGUGCUCCUCAAUUACAAAAAGCUGUCUCUUCAAUUCUGUGAGAUGGGGACUGCUGAAAACAACAAAUUCCUAAUAGGAAAGCCCAUGAACUUUUUAAUACAGUGAUAGAGUAUGUGUGAUCAAUGUUUUUUAAAAUAAACUGUUUUUGAAGUUAAA